AUGUGUGAAGUAAUGGAGAGUAAAGAAGGAGAAGCGGUAGAGAACAAGGAAGAGGAAGAAGAAGAUGCUGAGUUGGGUCUUUCUGGCCAAGAUGGCGCCAAAAAGGUUUUGCCUGGCAUAAUUUACCUUGGGCAUAUCCCUCCCCGCUUCAGGCCCCGGCAUGUCCGCAACCUCCUUAGUGGCUAUGGGGAGGUGGGACGAAUUUUCCUGCAGCCUGAAGAGCCCUUUAUCCGGAAGAAAAAGAAGAAAGCCGGAAGCAACGCCAAGAACUUCACAGAAGGCUGGGUGGAAUUCCGGGACAAGCGUGUGGCGAAGCUGGUAGCUGCCAGUUUGCACAACACGCCGAUGGGCGUCCGCAAGAGGAGCCGAUUCCAUCACGAUCUGUGGAACAUGAAGUACCUGCAUCGCUUCAAGUGGACUCACCUGAGCGAGCGGCUGGCGUACGAGCGCCAGGUGCGGCAGCAGCGCAUGCGUGCCGAGGUCUCGCAGGCCAAGCGUGAGACGAACUUCUACCUGCAGAACGUGGAGAAGAGCAAGCGCUUCUCCAAGAGGGACAGCCGAGGGGAGCAGGAGGCCAAGAGCUGGGGCUUCGUGCAGCGCCGCACCGAGGAGGAGAUUCAGACCAGCAAAGGGGGCAAGCUCCUCAAGCGGCAGCUGGCCCGGGCCGCCGAGAUCCAGGAGAAAUCCCAGUCGAACCGUUCUCUGCUAGCGAAGAUCUUCAACGCCCAGCAGUAAUCG